AUGGCGCCAAACGUCAACGACUUUUUAGAUGCCUCAGAAAGCGACAGCGAUCACAUUGAUACAUAUGACUCAGACAACGAAAUCUCCAAGGGCGGAAGCCGAAGCACAAAGCGCAGAAAGCUGAGCCCCGAUGAAGAUGGCGACUCUGACCAGGAUGCGAGCGACAUGCACCGCAACGGCGGCGAUGACGACGAAGAGGACGGCGCCGAGGAGGAAUCAGAAACCGCAAAAGACAAGGAAUCCACAAAGAAAAAGAUCAAGCUACCCAAGAUACAAAGCGACAUCCCCGGCAUCUCCCGGCCGCUCACCAAGAAGAAUCUCGUCACGAGCGACAAGGCCGUGCACCGGUCCGGCGUCGUCUACCUCUCCCGCAUACCGCCCUUUAUGAAGCCCGCCAAGCUGCGGUCCCUCCUCGAGCCCUACGGCGCCAUCAACCGCAUCUUCCUCGCGCCCGAGGACCCGACCGCGCACGCGCGCCGCGUCAAGGCCGGCGGCAACAAGAAGCGGUCCUUUACCGAGGGCUGGGUCGAGUUCCUGCGCAAAAAGGACGCCAAGGCCGUCUGCGAGCUGCUCAACGCGCGCACCAUUGGCGGCAAAAAGGGCAGCUACUACCGCGACGACAUCUGGAACCUGCUCUACCUCAAGGGCUUCAAGUGGCACAACCUGACGGAGCAGAUCUCGACGGAGAAUGCGGAGCGCGCGAGCCGCAUGCGCGCCGAGAUUAGCAAGACGAGCCGCGAGAACAAGGAGUUUGUGCGCAACGUCGAGCAGGGCAAGGUGCUGGACGGUAUCGCAAAGUCGGCGGCCGCCAGGAAGCGCAAGGCUGCGGACGAGGGAGGAGAGCAGCAGGCUGGUGGCGAGGAGGCGCCCAAGAGGCAGCACACGAGGACCUUUAAGCAAAUACCCCUGGCAAAGAAGAGUACGGAUACGGAUGAGCAACCUGAACGGGUCACGAGAGUAUUGAGCAAGAUUUUCUAA